CCUGCAGAGGCCCUCGUCGGGGCCACACACACCCGGAAGAGCUCACCAGGCACCACCGGCCGCCGCCACGACCACGGUGUCGCCCUCGCAGCCUCACAGCGCGGCAAUCCACCUUGGCACUGCCAACAAGGCGAGAACACCGGCCAGCGCAGGCGCAGUGACAACUGGUGCAGCAACUCCGGCAGAUUACGGCCGAUCGAUCGAUGGCAGCAGCAACAGCAAGGCCCAUGGAGCUCUGCUUCGCCUCGCGCGCCGCGACGCCGACGCCGGCCGGGAGGGCGCCAGCAAGGCCGAAGAAGCGGCGCGCCGGCACCACCGUGCGGUGCGCGGCGACGGCACCGGCGCCGAUGGGGGAGAAGACGGAGUACCGCGACGGGCCGCUGGAGCGCGCGUUCAUGGGGUUGUUCGCGCGCAAGAUGGAGAAGUACGCGGCCGGCGGCGGCGGCAGGAAGAAGCCGCAGCCGGCGGAGGAGGAGAAGGAGAAGGCGGUGUGGGAGUGGGACUACGAGAGCUUCGUGGACGUGUCGCGGCGCGUGAUGGUGGGGCGGACGCGCGCGCAGCAGCAGGAGGCCGUGCGCGAGGUGCUCCUCUCCAUGCUCCCCCCCGGCGCGCCGGAGCAGUUCCGGAAGCUCUUCCCGCCAACGCGCUGGGCGUGCGAGUUCAACGCCGCGCUCACCGUGCCCUUCUUCCACUGGCUCGUCGGCCCCUCGGAGGUCAUCGAGGUGGAGGUCAACGGCGUCAAGCAGAAGAGCGGGGUGCUCAUCAAGAAAUGCAGGUACCUGGAGAACAGCGGGUGCGUCGGGAUGUGCGUCAACAUGUGCAAGAUCCCGACGCAGGACUUCUUCACCAACGAGUUCGGACUCCCCCUCACCAUGAAUCCAAAUUUUGAAGACAUGAGCUGCGAGAUGAUAUACGGUCAGGUGCCACCUCCCUUGGAAGAGGAUCCAGCCUCAAAGCAACCUUGCUACCCAAACCUCUGUUCCAUGUCCACGCCCUCUGCCCCAGUCUGCCCCAAACUUCAGUAGACGAGGAGCUCAUCGCCGAGUCGAGUUCAGGUCCAGCGCGCAUUCAGUUUUGUCAGAGCAACUUCAGAGAAACCGGACCUGAAACUUCAUAGUGCAUAGUAACAGACCGUUCGUAGGAAGCUGUUGGUUUGAGAUCGAGAAAAUUUGCACAUGAGCAUUGGAUUGGUGCGGCGGUAACAUUAAUUUCUAUACAGAAUGUACAUAGCGUAGCUUGUAAGUACAGUUACAGAGUUGUUCUGAUUCUGAACCAGUACAGAGCAGAUUA